UCAUGCUGCUGCCAGGUCCAGAGUGUCUCUCAUGGGUCCCUGUACGGCCUCCCAUUGCUGCUGUCUCCAUCGCCACACUCUGCCAUGUGCCACUUUUCAGGUCUCCUCACACUGCUGGUGUGUUCCAUUUUGUCAUAGGGUGCUGGCAGAUUACGGGCCUCCCAUUGCUGCUGCCAGGCCCGUAAUCUGCCAUGGGCCCCUGUACCGCCUCCUCAUGCUGCUGCCAGGUCCAGAGUGUCUCAUGGGUCCCUGUACGGCCUCCCAUUGCUGCUGUCUCCAUCGCCACACUCUGCCAUGUGCCACUUUCAGGUCUCCUCACACUGCUGGUGUGUUCCAUUUUGUC